UCAUUUUCUAAAUUUUAGUACUCUCUGCAGUUUAUUCCGAGUAAUUAAGUCGUUCGACCUCGAUAAUGGACGUGCUGAAAAGUGCUGGAAGAUGUUUCCUCUUCUCCAAAUGUGGUUGUAUCCCUGGAAACUCUACGGAGAAAAUCUUCAAAAGGUGUUUUAUUCUCCAUUCAGAGGGUUCUGUAACAACGUGGGAUUAUUUGAAAGAUAAAUUAGGUAUCAAAACAAAAAAUACUAAGCGAGAUAUACGAGAACAAUUGGAUGCUAAUUACGCUGAACCUGAGACUAUUCAAAUACCGGUUAAUUCAAAUUCGAGAAAUGAAAUAUGGUCACCUAGUUAUAGAGGCCGGACAGAAAAUAAACGAUUUUAAUUCAAACCGUUUACAAAUAUCCUUACGCAAUCAAUAAAUUGAGUUUUACAAUUGGUAAAAUUAUU